AUGGCACAACAACAAGACGACUACCAGCUCCAACGGUCACGAAAUGGCUGUCUCACGUGCCGGUCCCGACGCGUCAAAUGCGACGAAGUGCGACCAGUAUGCACUCGCUGCAAGACUGGUGACAGGGAUUGUGAGUGGGGACCAGAGAAGCCACCAAAUCCACGCAAGCGCCGCCGCCCUGUACAUGUACCCGUGUCUCGGCAGCAGACUGCCAGUGGAUCAGAUGCGUCGCCUCAAGUCAGCGUCGCUACUCCCACCACCGCCAAGGGGACGGUUACACUCCCACCGUCCCCUAGCGUCGGCCCAGUCGACACGGGCAUCGAGUGGAUUUCGCACACGACGCGCAAGAAACUCAUGAUGGACCCAACAAUGCUCGAGACAUUCUUCCAUAAGAGUGACGAGGUGCUCACGUUUCGUCAUUACAUCCAGACGGCUGAAGAACUCAUCGCUUUCAACCCUCCCAAGAACCCGUUUAACCCCUGGGUCUCGAUCCAUGCACCCCUCGCCCUCCGCAAUGCCCCUGGCGUCUCGCCCUCGGCUGAUGCGCUUAGGAUAGCCCUGCUGGCCGUCGGUGCCGUGCGUCUCCGCUACGCAGAUGACCCGAGCAACCAGCGCGCAGCGCAGCGCGUUGCAGGAGACGCGCGGCGCAAAGUCCUGAAACUGCUCGACCCGAUCCUACGCCAACCCGAAAAGUACAUGAACGAGAUCGAGGGCACGCUCGCCGCCAUGCUCUCGUGCAUUGUCGCCUGCACCCUCGCCGCCGACAACUCAUGGGAGGAGACGCUCGUCACGGCCGUGCGCCUCAUCGACCGCCUCGGCGGCGCACAAAAGGUCGUCUCCCUCUCCCUCAAGGACCAAUACUCGGUCACGCGCUUUGUGCUUGAACAACUGGCCGUCCGCGACGUCGUGGCGUGCAUGACACUUGGUCGACGACCAAGCAUCAUCCGCCAACCAUUCGAGCCGUGGUUCUUCGAGAUCGAGCGCUGGUCCCACCGCGAGGUUGAGUGGGAGAGUGUCGAGCGGCUAUUCGGGGUCACCCGCGGCAUGGUCGAUGUCAUGGCACGCGCGUGCAGUUUGAUCGGGACAGCACGCGAGACGCAAGCGCUGCAGAGUGUUGGGGGACUGCGAGCCCCACCCCCUCAACUACAGGACGCGGCCAAUGGCAUCCUCGGCGAACUCCAGGUCCUAGACCAGGGCUUCAACUACAGCCCGUACCACACGCGUGCACAAUACGGCAACCACUGCUACCGACACGCAAUGCAGAUCGCCCUCAUGCGCGACGUGCUCGACUUUGACGCAGACAACGAGCGCGUCGUGUCGUCCGCAACGGCGAUCCUCGAGUUGGUCCGUGAGCUCGACUUUGAGGAGGGCCCGACGCUGAACUGGCUCCUCUGGCCGCUCAUGCUCGCCGGCUUCCACCUGGGACACGAAGGCCGCGAGCCCCUCAUCCGGCUGCUCGAGCACCCCGGCCCGCAGAAGUGUUUCGACACGCGCGCCUGCAUCCGCCUCAUCCAGGAGUUCUGGGACCGGCAAGACCGCGGCGUGCCAGUCUCGCACUGGGAGAUGCUUCGGACUGAUGCGCACCGGUGCCUGUUUGCCGGGUAA